GCGCUGGGUCACUUGUGUGGGAAGUGCUGAAAUUUCAACGCGUCACAGCCGCGUUACGCACGGAUCACACGCAGAUUCUGAUCGCAGACGAGCUCGAGAGAACGACGCGUUUAACGGCGGCACUUUAAGCCGAGAAGUAGUCCUCUACUUGAUAACUCGGCAGCUCAGCAGCUAACUAACCCCUACAGCAGCCCGUUAGCGAGCGUCAGUCACGCGUCCGCGUCUCAGGGCUUUAUUAUAUUAACACUUCUGAUCGAGCUGAUCGAUCAAUCAAUGAUCAUGGAGAGGAAGAAGACGGACUGUCCGGCGCUUCCACCCGGCUGGAAGAAGGAAGAAGUGAUCCGGAAGUCCGGGCUGAGCGCUGGGAAGAGUGAUGUGUAUUAUUACAGUCCCACAGGAAAGAAGUUCCGCAGUAAACCGCAGCUAUCCCGCUACCUCGGGAACUCGGUGGAUCUGGGAUGUUUCGACUUCCGCACGGGCAAAAUGAUGCCCAGCAAGAUGCAGAAGAACAAGCAGAGACUGCGCAGCGACAACCUCAGCCUGAGCAAGGGGAAGCCGGAUCUGAACACGGCGCUGCCCAUCAGACAAACAGCCUCCAUCUUCAAACAGCCGGUCACUAAAGUGGUCAAUCAUCCCAACAACAAAGUCAAGACAGACCUCCAGAGAGCCACGGAGCAGCCGCGACAGCUGUUCUGGGAGAAGCGUCUGAAGGGCUUGCGGUCGUCGGACGUGUCGGAGGAAGCGCUCAGGACGAUGGAUCUGCCCAAAGGUUUACAGAGUAUCGGGCCGGACUCGUCGGACGAGACGCUUCUGUCGGCCAUCGCCAGCGCUCUGCACAUGAGCUCAGCGCCCAUCACGGGUCAGACGUCGUCGGCGGCCGAGAAGAACCCGGCCAUAUGGCUGAACACAUCGCAGCCGCUCUGCAAAGCCUUCACCGUCACAGAUGACGACAUACGGGAGCAGGAGCUGAAGGUGCAUCAGGCGCGCCGCAGUCUGGAAGAAGCUCUGAUGGCCGACGGUUUGGCGCGAGCCGCCGAGUCCAGGCGAGACACGCAGGGCAGAGCGGCGUGAAGAGAAACAGGUUUGUUAGUGCACUGGAGUCCGGCUCCGCCCACCGUGGACGCCUGGAUAUGAUGUCAUAAGUCUGCGUCAGCGGCACACGUUCAAUAACCCAUUACCAAUAGCUUCAACCAAGGCCUUUUUCAACUAGAGCGUAUAUUUUGAUGUACAUAUCUAUAUAUGAUUGAGAACAAUGCUUAUUUUAUGUCAGACAGAAGAAAGAAAACUCUCUUUUAUACGGGCAAACACAGAGCAAUACUUCCUCACGUCAAAUCAGGACAGCGUCGCUGGGUUUGUAUUGCGAACUCUUUUUACUUUCGUUUGGUUUCAUUGCUCUCUUCAGGGUUUGUAACAAAUGAUUAAUACGUCUGAAAAACGUAUGAAUGAAAAAUGCUUAUUUAAGAAAAAAAUUUUAUACCUUGAGACAAAAAUGUGUACAUUUCUUGCAUUAUACUAGACAGAGUAAAUAAAAGAUUAUAUUCACAAA